UACAGCAGGUGUCUCUCAAGGUGUCUGGGCCCCAGAAAAAAACUGGCUGUCACAGCAUUUGCUGAAGCUCUCAACUUUUGUUUCAAAGACGGCUUGAAUGCCACUCGAGACUACAGAGCUCUGGCUGGACUUUUCCCUGUAUUGAGGGUGGCAACAUCCUCUAUCAGGAAGGUCCUUGAUUCUUUUGCUGGCUACGCCAUGCACGUCUGUCAGUGCAAAUUUCUCACUUGGUCUCUUUUUUGUGGAGGUUACAUUGUGAAAUACCUCUGGAUAAAUCAGCCAGGUUCUCCUACAAAGACACUGGCAAUGACCUUUAUGAUUUUCUCUCUACUGCCACAUGUCAUGGUGCUUAGUUGGGCAGGGUACAGGCUAACUGGUCACAUAAAGCGAACACUGACUCGACACAGUCACAGGUUCAACUUGCUGAACUGCAGAACCAAUGGAUACCAGGAAGUGAAACUGACUGCCACCACAUUUACUCGUUUAUAUAUACCUCUGAAAUUAUCAGGGUACACUUUAAUGGACAAAAAUAUCUUAUUGGUUUUGUAUGUUACGUGUGCUUUUUACUUUCAUGCAUAAGUUGGGUGUAAGAGGACGUUUAGGAAGGAA